AGUAAGCCUAGCCGUUGUGUUGCGGAGCAUCAAGCGUAUCGCUGAAUCCACUCAACCUAUUUCGAAGAAAAAAGGCACAAACGCCUCAAUAACUCUUCAUUCAUGUUGCUCAUAAUAACCGACUGACAACCGCAUGGUCUCCUGCUCAUGGGUGAAUAGUGUUGAUUGCCUAUCUGAGUGAAGUGGCCGGAAUAGAGUGAAUUAGCAGGUUAGCCGAGCUCAAUCAUGACAGUGGCGGUGUUUUUCGGCUGUACGUUCAUCGCUUUCGGCCCGGCCAUCGCUUUGUUCCUCUUUACAAUCGCCCGGGAUCCGCUCCGUGUGAUCUUCCUCAUUGCAGGGGCAUUUUUCUGGCUGGUGUCUGUGCUGCUGUCCUCUCUUGUGUGGUUCAUCACAGUUCAGAUCAGCAACAAGAACAGUGCAACUCAGCAGAGAGGACUGCUUAUUUUUGGAGUGGUGCUCUCUGUGUUGCUUCAAGAGGUUUUCAGAUUUGGUUACUACAAGUUGCUGAAGAAAGCAAAUGAUGGCCUAUUGACACUCAGUCAAGAGGACACCAUGCCCAUCUCCAUGCGGCAGCUAGCCUAUGUGUCUGGUCUUGGCUUUGGGUUUAUGAGUGGAGCAUUCUCUGUGGUCAACAUACUGUCUGACUCUCUGGGCCCUGGAACUGUUGGCAUCCAUGGCGACCCUCAACAUUAUUUUAUAUCCUCAGCAUUUAUGACACUGGCCAUUAUUUUGCUGCACAUGUUCUGGGGUGUUGUUUUCUUUGAGGCAUGCGAGACACAGAGAUGGUGGGCUCUUGGAGUGGUGGUCAUCAGUCAUCUACUAGUAUCAUGCCUGACAUUUGUGAACCCAAAUUAUCAGGGGAGUCUGAUUCCAACCUACAUCAUACUGUCUGUCAUGGCAGUCUGGGCAUACUUGUGUGCUGGGGGAUCUUUGAGGAACCUCAAACUCUGUCUCACCUGUAAAGAUAAAGACUUCUUGCUGGCCAAUCACAGGCCUAGAUAACCCAUCAGCUCCAAACAGGACUUUCUCCAAAAACAGGCUCACAGGGCCAAUAGUUCAACAUGGCCAGCAGCCCUGGACUCUUUUAACUGGGAGGAUUAUUGUCUGGGAAGUCUGCAAAAUAAUUGUUGCCUAAUAACAGAAAUUUUUACAUCUGCAGAUCUGGCACUCUCUGUAAUUACCUCCUCUUAUAUUUUUUGUUCUGUGUGUUAGAAAGUGCGAGACAGGGAAAACAAAGUGUGUGUGAGUGUUAUACUGAAGAAUUCUGUAAAUAUGUCUAGAGCUGCAUUCUUGUGAUUCUCACUUCUGUAGCGGGUUUUGAAAGAGGCCUUAUAUAGGGCUGACUUUGAAAUGUUUUUGUUUUUUCUUCCUCUUGUGCCUCCAGUCAUGUUUGCUUUUAUCACGUUUUAAUUGACAAAUGAGGCUCAAAAUGAACUUUUCUCUCCCCUCAGCAGUCUUGGAAAAAAAAUCUUACAAAGCAUUAGUCACCUUUAAUUCUCAAACCCUGGAGUGCAGCAUUGUAUUAUCCAAUUAAUGUUUGUAAUUUUUGUCUCCUUUUUUUGCACACAUGUUUUCAAGACCCUUUUCAUCUCUUCCUAGGGCAGCAGUCUUGUUUUGCCAUAUAUUUUUAACCACUUGGUACUCAAAUGCAUUGAAACUACUUUGUACAGGAACUUCUGAAUGAUAUUAAUUACAUAGGUGGGUCAGUGGUAUCUCUUCAGAUGUCACAUGCUAUAUGAAAUUUCCAUUUUUAUUAAAGUAGAUUGAGAUCAAAUCCUCAGUCUUUCUUGCAUGAACACAUGCAUUCCUGUUCUGCAUAUGGAGGAGGAACUUGAGGGUUAUUUUCCUUUCUCCACAGGAACUGUUUGUGAAGCAGCAAGAAAAUCAUUCCUGGUGUGUACUAAAUCACGAUCAAUUAACCCUUACCCUUUCCCACAAGGCUUAUUUUCUGAAAAGAGGUCCAACUUGGGUGCUUAAAAAUGUGUAAUUUCUAAAAAAAAAAAACACAAGCUAAAAGAGCCUAAAUUUACAGCAUCUAAAGGUGACUCAGUCAUUCAUUGAUCCCCCUCUUCAGACCUUUGUAUUUGUUUGACCCUGAUGAUUUAGCGGGAAGUUUUAGAGUGAAACAUUUAUUGCAUGUCUGCCAUAAGAAACCUGGUGUCUGCAGUUGAAAAAAUUCAAAUAAAUACAGAUACUCAUGUAAAACAA